AUGGGUCUUAACCAAAUUGGUUCUUCUUUACAAAGGCCCGGUGAUACUCGUUGGAGCUCUCAUUUGAAAUCCAUAUCAAGUUUGAUGAGAAUGUUUAGUGCAACAUGUGAAGUUUUACUUAAUAUUAUUGAAGAUGGAACUACACCUACUCACCGUGGAGAUGCCGAUGUAGCUUAUGAGGUAAUGACUUCUUUUGAAUUUGUAUUCAUUAUGCACCUCAUGAGAAAAGUUCUAGAGAUUUCUAAUAUGCUUUGCCAAGCUUUGCAACUCCAAUCUCAAGAUAUAUUGAAUGCAAUGCAUCUUGUGACAUUUACUAAAUUGCUUAUUCAAAAAUUAAGAGAUAGUGGAUGGGAUGAAUUAGUUUCAAGUGUGAAGUCUUUUUGUGAAAAUGUCAAUAUAAGUGUGCCAGAUUUUGAUGCUCAAUAUAUUGCAAGAAGAGGAAGGGCUAGGAAUCAACAAGAUGAAUUAACAGUUGGACAUCAUUACAAAGUUGAUAUUUUUAAUGCGGUGAUUGAUUCUCAGUUGCAAGAGUUGAACAAUAGGUUUGAUGAUAAACAAUGGAGUUAA